AUGUACGGGGACUGUGAUAUGGGGGAUUGCCUUUAUCUUUUAGACUCUGGAUUUGAAUGCGGAUGCGCGACUCCCUUCGGACCUCGGUUAAAGCGGUUUGACCAUCCAGAGCACCAUGUCAAUCUUUUCAAUUUGAGCUCGGUGCUCUGCUCUCGUUUCACGCACACUGGGGAGAACGAAGAUGUCAAGGAGCCGUUAAUCUCUGCCAGGUAUCAUUGGCAGCUCUGUCAUCACUACAGCCAGGAGGGCAUAUCUGAAAUGGCCGGUCUGAGACAAAAUAUGGGACAUCGGCAGGCCCAUCGGCACCUCCAAGCGGAGUAUGAAUGUUCCAAGGAAGAGCGGGCAAGGAGAGUGGCGGGUAAGGAGAGUGCUGGGCAAGGAGAGUGGCGGGCAGUGUUUAAGCGGAGCAUGAACAUCAUGGCAGCAUUCCAGGAUGUGAGACGGCGGCGGGCGCGUUGGCGGGAUUGA